AUCAGAUGUAAAUGACCUCCUCCUCCUCCUCCUCCCCCCUCCACACACAGAGAGCAACAGGUCUAAAUGCUGUCUGUGCACAGCUGCUUGUCGAUAACAAGGGCCUGAAACUCAUUAUAUUCCAAGCAUUGUUCCUACAUCUCUCUAAACUGGAGCAAUGGUAUUUCGGACAGCAAUGGAGCAUGCUAAGAGGCACCCUGGCCUCAUCCCCCAGUUCUUCUUCAUCUGUUUGGGAAUGGGCGGGGCGUCGAUGUAUCUGAUACGGUUGGCCAAAGGACCGCAUGUCACCUGGAACAAGACCAACAACCCUGAGCCGUGGAAUAAUCUUGAUCCCACAUACCAGUACAAGUUUGUGGCCAUUACCACAGACUACAAAAACCUGAAGAAGGAGGGACCUGAGUUCUGAAUCUCUCGCUUGCCUCCUCUCAAUGACCAGAUUGAAAAUCCUGAUCUGGGGUCAGAUUCACUCCCUCCUCGACAUCUUCUCUGCAGAUGGAAACUGAAUUGUACCCUAGAUCAGGAUCUGUAAUCCUUUAGUGCGUCUGUACCUCUGGUGAAUUCCACCAAGAGGGUCAGUGAACGCAUCAUGAGUGCACAUAAGAAUAUUGAAAAAGUUUACCAUGUAGUAUUUCUACAUUAUUACACGACAGAUAAGACAGACAUGCACACUGCACCAAACAUAUGGAAUUGCAUUGUUUAGCCAAUACAAAUUUAAAUUUAAAUUUCAGCCAUCUGUUGGUUUCAAUUCAACCAACAAAUUAAAAUCAGUUAUUAGACUCACAAAAGCUGAAGUAAAUUAUGCAAAUAAGCUUCAGGUGUCAGGCUAAUGCCCAACAUUUUUUGGAGACGAGUAGCUGCCUGGAACAGAUUGGAAAAAUACACAAGAUAUCUGAAACUUCAUACAUCCAUAAAUUAUCAGCGGAAAAGUAAUAUAUACAUUAUUAAGUGGCUCAAAGCAACGAACGCUUUUAAGUUUUCUUUUAAUGUCAAUGCGAUCUAAAUCUGACGCUUAAAAUGCUGUAUGUUUGUAUACAUUCUGCAAGUGUGAAACCUUAGAUAUAUAAACUUGUGAUGACAUCAUUACCGCCUGCUGGAAUGCACUGAUGGUCAAAUGCAUGUGACUGGUCUGCAUGUGUUUCUUCAUAACCGGUACGUUAUUGUUGGUUUAGCAGCCACUAAAUUCAGCAAUGACUGUAUGUAGUGAUAGAUGUAUAAACUGGGCUGGAUACUUUCAAAAAAUAAAAUGUCAGUUUUA